GUGUCUACCUCUCUGAGGGGGCGGGGCUUGGUCUAACAGGGGGCGUCCAAACUUCACCGAGAGGACAAGUCUUUGCCCCCAGCAUCAGGUAGCUGAGAAUGCGUUUGUCCAAAGCACUAGCAGACAUGGAGAUGGCAGACUAUAGCGAGGCCCUGGACCCAGCCUACACCACCCUGGAGUUUGAGAACAUGCAAGUGCUGGCCAUGAGCACAGACUCCUCGCCAGCUGAGAGUGCCAACAUGAACACUGCCAACCACCUGGGUGCCGGUACCCUGUGUGCAAUCUGUGGGGACCGGGCAACGGGCAAGCACUAUGGAGCCUCAAGCUGUGAUGGCUGCAAGGGCUUCUUCAGACGCAGUGUGCGCAAAAACCACAUGUACUCUUGCCGGUUUAACAGACAGUGCAUAGUAGACAAAGACAAGAGGAACCAGUGCAGAUACUGUAGACUCAAAAAAUGCUUCCGGGCCGGAAUGAAGAAAGAGGCUGUACAGAAUGAAAGAGACAGAAUCAGCACCAGGAGGUCCAGCUAUGAGGACAGCAGUUUACCCUCUAUCAAUGCACUCAUCCAAGCCGACGUCCUCUCCAGACAGAUCUCCUCUCCGGGACCUAUCAUUAAUGGUGAUAUCAGAACAAAAAAGAUGGCAACUAUCACAGAUGUGUGUGAAUCUAUGAAGCAGCAAUUGUUGGUACUGGUGGAGUGGGCUAAAUACAUCCCAGCCUUCUGCGACCUACCCCUCGAUGACCAGGUGGCUUUGUUGCGUGCUCAUGCGGGAGAACAUCUCCUUCUUGGGGCUUCCAAGCGCUCCAUGCUGUACAAGGACCUGCUGCUAUUAGGUAAUGACCACAUAAUUCCUCGGAACUGCCCUGAGCUGGAAGUGAGUCGAGUAACAGUGCGAAUCCUUGAUGAGUUGGUCCUUCCUUUCCAGGAGCUCCAGAUAGAUGACAAUGAAUAUGCCUGUUUAAAGGCUAUUGUAUUCUUUGAUCCAGGUAGUCAAACCAUCUCCAAAAUGAAUGCCAAAGGUCUAAGUGAUCCAAGCAAGAUCAAACGGAUGCGCUACCAGGUGCAAGUGAGUUUAGAGGACUACAUCAAUGAUCGACAGUAUGACUCGCGGGGACGAUUUGGCGAGCUGCUGCUUCUGUUGCCAACACUACAGAGCAUCACUUGGCAGAUGAUUGAGCAAAUCCAGUUUGUUAAGCUCUUCGGAAUGGCCAAGAUAGACAACCUUUUGCAGGAGAUGCUUCUAGGAGGGUCUGCUAAUGAGGCCCCUCAUGCUCCACCCUCUUUACACCCGCACCUUGUCCAGGAGCACCUCAGCAACAAUGUCAUUGUGACCGCAAACAUGGCCACUUCUAUUCACAAUGGACAAAUGUCCACACCUGAAACUCCAAUUCCUUCUCCUCCAUCCGCUUCCAGCUCUGAGCAUUACAAACUGGCCCAGGGGGUUAUAGCCACAGUGCCCAAACAGACAGCAGCCAUCCCCCAGCCCACAGUCACCAAGCAAGAGACCAUUUGAGACCAUCACAGCAAAACCUUUCUAAAAACUUGUGCAGUAGCACUAAUGAACCACACAACCACACAUCAACACAAGGCUGCUUCAGAGACUCUUUACAUAAAAGUAGUAAAAUAUGAUAAAUAAAGCUCUUGGUAAAAGGAUCUGCCAAUUGAUGUAAUGUACAUUUCAUUCUUUUUUUUUUUUCAUUUUUCUCUUUACAAAUAUUAGAGUGAGCAACAAAGGAAUUUCCCAGUUAUAGAUAAUUGCAUGUAGACCACCAGGAGCAGUAGUCAGCAACCUCAGGAGUGUACAGUGACUAUGCUGACUUUUAAUGCAUUCUAACCUCACUUGUAGGCUAAUGCAUUUUUUAAAAGUAAUGGUGCCUAUUUAUACUUAUCUUUCUCUUUCUCUCUUUCUCUCU